GAAGUAGUGUCACCGCCGCCUGCCGACUCUCGAGGUUCUUCAUUUCCUCCGUGGAGUCCGUUUGUCCGCAGUCACGUUCAGGACAUCCUGUGAAAAAAAUAAGUGAGUUUAAACAAAGGCUGGCCGGUGUUUAUAGCGAGAUAAUAGAAAACAUUAACCAAUGAGGUGCUCGCUCAUUUCAUGACACUCCGUGAUAUCGCCCGCCGAGAGGCUGAUAAGAUAAUAACGCAACUUUAUCGGAAGGUGUUCGAACAGUGUCCUUUCUAAUUUCAAGGAAGAUGUGCUUUCUACGCGAUAUACCUGGAGUGUUAGUGAUAUUAUGUGUCCUAGUUUCCGCGAGUCACGCACUCGGCGAGGUGAUAAACGGCCCCUGUGAUAUAUUCUUUCAAGAUGUCAACAAUCUCACGCUCAACUGUUCGAGGCGCAAUAUCGACAGAAUACCAAAUUGGCCGGAGGCGAUGAAAAAUGUUUCAAACCAAGACGGACACGUGCUGAUAACAUUUUUCAACAACAGCAUAACCAAUGUGACAGAACUCCCACCGGUGCCGGGCAACAGGGUCGCCAUCAGUUUCAAAUCCAACAAAAUCAUCGAAAUAAACGACGAUGCAUUCAACAAUGUUCACCGAUUGGUUUACUUGGAUCUGAGUAAUAACCGCUUAUCAGGGGACGUCCUUCGAAGUGAAAUAUUCCAAGGGCCAUACAAAGAUGGCGUGUACAAGAGCAUAGCUUUGGAAACGCUGAAUCUGGGUAACAACCGGAUACAUUCAUUGGACAGAUAUUUGUUCCAGUACACUCCGAACCUAACUCGUCUCUAUCUGAACAACAACCCUAUAGAAAUACUAGAUCAUGUCACUAUACUAGCUCUAUUCAGCGCUACGAAGUUGGAGGUUCUAGAUUUGGCUAAAACGGACAUCGACAGCAUACCACUGGAUGCCUUCAGGGGUUUAGUGAACCUGCGACAGAUCGACCUUUCCGGCAACAAGUUUGUCACUGUGCCGGAAAGCUUAGGCCUUGUCGGAACAAGUCUACAAUACCUGACCUUCAAUAACAAUCCAAUUGUCGAACUCAACGAUGACAGUUUUAUAGGGUUAACAAAUCUCGUGGAGCUGGAGGUCGGCGAGAACAAUUAUCUCGAGGAAGUGAAACGCAGUACGUUCACGCCCCUCAAGAGCCUGCGGGUCCUACAUCUAUGCCACAACCGCAAUUUGCGAUACAUCAGCCAUAACGCCUUCCGCGGUAUCAAAGACAAGUGGACUUUGAAAGAGGUCUACCUUGAUGAUAACAACCUGAGUGAGCUAUCAACGGAUUUGUUGCCAUGGAACAAAUUAGAGGUGCUGGGGAUGACUGGGAACAAUUGGCUUUGCAACUGCGAUUUGGCCAACAUUGUCACAAACCAGGAGGCAGGCACUAAAUUCAAAGCUGGUGAAAUACCAUACUGUGCUGCCCCAAUGAGAUUGAAUGGAGCCUACAUAACAAACAUAACUGCAUCCUUCUGCCCCACACUUGACACUACGUUUGCAGCAAAGAAGGGUUUCUCCAUAAACUUAAAGCCAAAGCAUAUAUUAUGGAGUAUUUUAGGUGUUGCAGCAGUAGUUGGGAUUGGAAUGAUAUGUGGACUUCUUGUCAAUACAAUAAAGGCUGUUUACAAAAAAAAUACAAGGUCUCAACCCAUUCGCUACUUCAAUAUCAAUGAUGAUACCAAUUUUGCAUAACACAGCAGUGCACCUUAUCACAUUGUUAACAAGUAAAAGUAUACAUAAUAAUAAUAUUAGUAAGUGUAACUACAUGUGUAGAUAUUGUAAUUUUUAUGUCAUAAUU